GUGUGACUGAUUUUUGUUAUUUAGUUUGUGUCCAAAUAAUAGCACAAAUUAAUAUACAUAGUGGACUUUCAAAAGUUUAUUGCUAAAAUGCAUUUUGUUCACACAGGUUACAUUACAUAUAUCAGAUACCUGUCAUCAUUGGUAAUGGAUUGUGAUAUGCCAACCUUUUUGGUUUUCUAUGAAAUUGUUAUUUCUUAACUUCUUUCAAAAAUAUCUUAAGUUUUGUUUUAAGAAAGUUUGCGUAUUUUGACCAAUUCAAGGUAAAAUGGGGUUGCUCCCUCGGCAAAAUUUGGAUAAAGUUGUGGCAAAGAUCUCGAUUCAAGAUAAAUUCAUGCUUCAGUUUUUUUUUUUUUUAAAUAUUUAAGGAUUAAAAUUUAUUGAAUUUUUUUAUAAGCAGCUACUGCUGUCUUGUUAGGCCUAAUUAUUUUAUUUAAAAUAAUGUCACGAUAAAGAAAUACAAAAUGUUCCAUGUCUCUGUUUUUUAUUUGAGAAAAUGUUCCAUGCCUAUGUUAUUAAUCAAUCAUGCUACUUCUUAAUUAAUAUAGAAGUGGCCAAUGUGACAUAGCUUGUGUAGAAGUCAACUCUGCAUUUUCCUAUUUUAAAGCCUCAGCCGGCUCAAAUCAUAGUAAAAUGAAUCUUACUAUAUUCUAACUCAUGGUCAUGGAUCUAUAUAAAACCAAAUUAAUAAUGAAAUUGAAUAGAAAACCAAAUUGAUCAGUAAUGGAAGGUGUUGAAGUUGAACGACCAUUGAAACUUCAUUUCAUUCCAUAUCUAGCACCUGGUCAUAUGAUACCUUUGGGUGACAUAGCAACUUUGUUUGCAUUGCGUGGCCAACAAGUCACAAUCAUCACCACUCCCUCCAAUGCACACUUCUUUACCAAAUCUCUCUCAUUCGCCAAUCCAUUCUUUCUCCGCCUUCAAACCGUCGAAUUUCCCUCCCAACAAGUUGGCCUCCCAGAAGGCGUUGAAUCUAUGUCCUCCACCACCAAUAGCGCCACCACCGGCAAGAUCUUAGCAGGCGCAAUGCUCCUCCAUGGACCCAUUCAGGAUUUCAUGGAGAAAGAUCCACCUGAUUGCAUCGUUGGCGACUCUGUUUACCCCUGGGUUCAUGACUUGGCCCGCAAGCUUCAGAUUCCAUUCCUCUCCUUCAGCGGAUUCUCCCUCUUCACCGUCUCCCUCAUGGAAACCCUCAGAACAAACAAUUCAAUUAAUUCUGACACGGAUUUUCAUUUGGAUUCCGGUUCCUAUGUCGUUCCAAAUUUUCCUCACUGUAUUACCAUGUGCUCAAAACCACCAAAGAUGUUCACAGGAUACAUGGAAAUGGUGCUUGAGUGGAUGAUCAAAAGUAACGGACUCAUCAUCAACAACUUCGCCGAACUUGAUGGAGAAGAGUGCAUUGAACACUAUGAGAAAACCACAAGUCUGAAAUCGUGGCAUCUUGGUCCAGUUUCUCUUAUUCGUAGAACAAAUGAAGAGAAAGCAGAGAGGGGAAACGAGAAUGUUGUGAGUGUCCACGAGUGCCUGAGUUGGCUCAACUCAAAGCACGAUAACUCAGUAUUGUACAUAAGCUAUGGAAGCAUUUGUUAUUUCUCUGACAAACAACUUUACGAGAUUGCAUGUGGAAUAGAAGCAUCAGGUCACAAAUUCAUAUGGGUUGUUCCUGAAAAAAUAGGGAAGGAAGAUGAGAGUGAUGAGGAGAAAGAAAAAUGGUUGCCAAAAGGAUUUGAAGAGAGAAACAUCGGAAAGAAUGGUUUGAUUAUUAGGGGUUGGGCUCCACAGAUUAUGAUUCUGAGCCACACUGCCAUAGGUGCUUUUAUGACGCAUUGUGGGUGGAAUUCAAUUGUGGAGGCGGUUAGUUCAGGGGUUCCAAUGAUAACGUGGCCCGUGCAUGGCGAGCAAUUCUACAAUGAGAAGUUGAUAACUGACGUGCGGAGGAUUGGAGUGGAGGUGGGUGCAACUGAAUGGUGCUUGAAUGGCGUCGAGGAGAAAGAGAAGGUGGUGAGCAGAGAUAGUAUAGAGAGGGCUGUGAAGAGAUUGAUGGACGAUGGUGAUGAAGCCGAGGAAAUUAGGGGGCGUGCUCGAGAGUUUAGGGAUAAGGCUAGAUUGGCUGUUCAAGAAGGUGGCUCUUCUCAUAAGAAUUUGUUGGCUUUGAUUGAUGAACUUAAAAGAUUGAGAGACCACAAGCCACUUGAUUAAUUCAGUUCAAUUUAAGCUACUUGAAAAAUUAUGUCUCUACGAGUGAGUCUACAUUUAAAUAAAAGAAAUGUGUAUGAGCUUGAACCCACAAUAUAGAUGAUAAUAUUCAGAUGACAUGAGAAAUUAUGCAGUGUGUAAUAUUACAUUCUAUGUAAGUAUAUGUAAGGUAAAACAAAAUAAUUCAUCCAUUUUGGGCCUAAUAUAAACGGUUGAUUU